AAGGGCGCCCUCUGUCAAAUUGGCUGGUGACAAAAUGUAAACAUGGCCACGGCAAGCGGUGAAGCUGGAAGCAGUGCGAAAGUUGUCAAGAAAAGAAGGCCUGGAAACACGAAUGUUCUGGAAUGCAGCGUGUGUGAGGACGUCUUCAGCCUGCAGGGCGAGAAGGUCCCCCGCCUUCUCCUCUGUGGCCACACCCUCUGCCACGAGUGCCUGACACGCCUCUCCCCCCACGGCCGCACCCUCCUCUGCCCCUUUGACCGCCAGCCAACCGAGCUGGGCGACUCCGGGGUAUGGGGGCUGAAGAAGAACUUUGCCCUGCUGGAGCUGCUGGAGAGACUACAGCUGGCCCGGGACGGACCGUGCGGGGCCGUAGUGUGGCCGGACAGCAGGCAGUCCUCAGGGUUGAAGAACCUGAUCCCCUGUGACGAGAACGAGGACCACAUCGCGUCUAUCUACUGCACCGUCUGCAGCACCCACCUGUGCGGCGAGUGCGCCCGUGCCACCCACUCCACUCGCACCCUGGCCAAGCACAAGCGCAUCCCUCUGUCAGAGAAACCCCGUGAGCGGCCUAGCUGCCCCCACCACCAGCCGCACCUGGUGGAGUUUGUGUGCAAGGAGGCCGGGUGCCAGGCUAACCCCCUCAUGUGCUUUGUGUGCAAAGAGUACGGCACCCACAGGGGUCACAAGCACGCUCUACUCCAGCAGGAGGCGGAGGGGCGUCGCAGCGCCAUCAUUGAGGUGGCCCAGCGGGUGCGACCCUUCACAGAGGAGGUGUCGGAGGUGGGGCGGCGGCUGUCGGAGGUGAUCCAGCAGAUUGAAGGAGGUGUGCAGGUGGUGGAAGACCUGGAUGGAAUCGCCGAGCCCAGACACAUCCCCGGCACGGCCCAAAUGUCGCGAGCCAAGGUCCACCACUACUUCCAGGAGCUGCACGAGACGCUUCAGCACCAGGAGGAGGUGGCAAUGAACGUGGUGGACGCCCACGUGAGGGAGAAGCUGUACCUGCUCCGACAGCAGCAGGAGAACCUGGCUGUCAUGCUGACCACCAUCAACAGCAUGUGUGUGGAGUGUGAGCGCUGUGUGCAGCAGGACGAUGCCAGGGUGAUCGGUGCCCAGCAGCAGUUGACCGCCUUGCAGGAGACGCUGCAGAGCCAGCAGCAGCAGUUUGGCGACCUGCAAGAGCACCUGCAGCUGGACGCCAGCAUCCCAGUCACGUUCACCAAGGAUAACAGGGUACACAUUGGUCCCAAGAUGGAGAUGAGAGUGGUGGUCCUGGGGUUGGACAAUGCCGGCAAAACAACCAUUCUCUUCAAACUGAAGCAGAACGAAUUCAUCCAAACCAUACCCACCAUCGGUUUCAAUGUGGAAACAGUCGAGUAUAAGAAUGUGAAGUUCACCAUUUGGGACGUCGGGGGAGACACCAAACUGAGACCGUUGUGGAAACACUACUACUUCAACACGCAGGCUCUCCUGUUUGUGAUUGACUCGACGGACACAGAGAGACUGGACGAGGUCUCUGACGAGUUGGCGGCGCUCAUGUCGGAGAAACAGCUCAAGGAUUCGCUGCUCCUCAUCUUUGCCAACAAACAAGAUAACCCGCAAGCUCUCAGCGUCGACACCAUCUCUGAGCGUCUUGGCCUGCACAAGCUCUGCUGUGGCCGCAACUGGUGCAUUCAGCCUAGCGACGCCCAGACCGGAGCCGGGCUGCUGGAGGGGCUGGACUGGUUGUCCCGGCAACUGAUCGCUGCCGGGGUCGUUGACCUUGCCUGAAAUAGCUUUUCAUUAUUUGUUUUGAUUGAUUUGUAAAAUUCCACGUUUCUAUGCAUUACGUACAUUGAGCUUUCAGUGACUUGGCUUUUAUGGAUAAAGUGUAACUUUGAAAUGUGAGGUCUCUUAGAAUUGCCGUUCAUAAUAGUUGUAUCAAAAGUUGAACACUAAGCUAAAGAUCUUGAAUGCAGCUGUUCCACAUCUUGUACUGAGUAACUAUCUCAGUACAGUGGCUGCAUAAAAUAGUUAUAAUAUUGCUUACCAACUUUGGUGGGGGGGCCACUGCACAUGACCAGUGAUGGUGUUGCCAAGGUCACCAGAUUCGUCCACUCAAAAGUUGGGUUUGGGAUGUUUGUAUAUACAUGACAUGGAAGUCUCUACUAGUCUCAUACUGCAGGCAGAAGCAAAUAAGCCCCAUGUAAGAGGUUGUUCAGAAAGGCCUUGGAUUGUUGGUGAAUGACCUUGUGCAGUGAUGCCAACACCAGCCUGUUGAACCAUCAGAACGCACGUAAGGGAACCCUUUGUACUCACACCCUCUCUGAGAGUGUGGAUGAGAACAUCACAGGUGCAAAGCCUCCGUGAGGCAGCUACCUGCUGUGAUAACCUCUGGCCCCUAAGGUCACCCACAGGGAAGGAAGGGUUGCCAUGGUGCAUUGCAACCCAUGAAAUCAUAGAUGUCCCCUUCAGAUCAGGUCUCCAGUCUAAUUUGACUGUGUCCCAAUGUAGCAGCUGUGGCUGGAAAUAACACACAACGCAUAUGCUGUUCACGGCCACAGCCAGUUUAUCUGAGCACAGCCAUAGUCAAGAAGCUUCCAUCAGUGGAUGUCCUUUCAACACAAGAGGGCUGUAGCAUAUGCAAAGCAAAUGAAGUUAUUUCCCCUAUCCACACCGAGCGUGUUUUUACAUGACAGAGAUGGCCUAUGAUGGAAACUCAGUGCGCUUACAUGGCCCUUUGUUGGGGCGUGUUUGGUGUGAGAUGCACUGAGGAGGCACAACCAAUUUCUGUUGGAAUAGACGUCUUAACUUUCAAGUUGAGGCGUCUUAACUUUCAAGUUGAGGCGUCUGCGAUUGGCAUGUGCGGUCUUUGCACCAGGCGUGUGCAGGAGAUUGUUCAGAAAACUUCCCAUCAGGCCGUAUCUUCUUUGCCGUUGAGGGUGCACUUCAACCCGAGGCUGAUUGCUCGGAGACAACUUAAGCUGACACAGCCAACUUUAUUGGUGGGGGGGCUUUCCUCAGCCCCUCCCAUUUACAAUCUUAACUGCCAUCUUCUGCAUAUAAUCUUUAUAGUCUCUUUUUAAUAUUUUUAUUGAACAUAAUUAUGGUGUCACUGAAAGUGCACCUGUUCGUGCUAUUUAUUCCUUAACAGAUUUGUUUUCUGUAUAUGGUGAUCAUCUCUAUUAAUUUAUCAAAUUUAUUGCAGAAUCCUGAACAAUUGGAUAACUGAUCUUAAAAUUUCAGUUUUAAGUGGGUGGUAAAGGCUUGAUCAAUGUUAACAUUUCCUGUAAGCUGUGUCGAUAUAUGUAAGAAAAGCAGCACAAGAAUAAGAUAUUAUACCACAACAGUAUGGCUUCUUGCCUUGUUUGAUGAUAUUGAAAUAUGAAAUCAAAGGAGAUCUUGUGGUGCGAUUAACAUGUGCAUCCUGGUUUGAGAUUAAUAAUUAUAAUAACUAUUACCAACAUUUAAAGCCCUCCUGUCUGUCAAUAAAUCACAGAGCUUACAAAUUGUCCUUAAUCGCUGACCAUGUUGACUCCAACAGCGGAAAUUGGUCAUGAAACAUAACAGUGAUAAGGUUGUACAUUACAUUUCCUCUAGCAUAUAUCACUUGUACUUGAAGCUGACAAAGAUUCAAGUUUAUCAGUUCGAUGUCAUAGAAUAGAAACGUAACUGUCACGCCACAAAGACAUCUCUAGAACUUACGGAUACGGAAGAUUUAUCUGAAUUAUAUUUGAACAUUUACAGCUGUUGUGCAUUAUUGUUUAAUGGAGGAAAUUCUUUUUUUUUUUCUCAUUUAUUUCAUUCAUUAGUUACAACUUAAUCAGUUGUACACUUGUAGCAGACGUACCUUACCUUAGUUUCAGGGAUCUUGUUGAAACAGGUUGAAGUGGAUACGAAGCUGUUUUGUAGGCAUGCAUAGGUACUUUUUUUGUCGGACUGAAAAAUAUUUUGAAGCAUUCGGCAACAAGUUGUGUUAAUACAUUAUUUGUUACUUGUACAGUCAUUUGCAAAAGUUUAGGACCACCCGUAGAAAAUGCAUUGACCUGAAGGAAAAAAACAAACUUAAACCAA